AGGGCGGGGUACGGCGUGUCCUUGGGCUCAGACUGCGGGACGGUGAGGGAGCUGCUGGGCGUGUGGUCGCCGCCGUGGGCGCAGCGCGAGCGGGGCGGCCGGGCACGCAGUACUGAAAAUGGGAGAUAUUGAGAAGGGCAAGAAGAUCUUUGUCCAGAAAUGUUCCCAGUGCCAUACAGUUGAAAAGGGAGGCAAGCACAAGACUGGACCCAACCUGAAUGGUCUGUUUGGACGUAAAACUGGACAAGCUGAGGGCUUUUCUUACACAGAUGCUAAUAAGAAUAAAGGUAUCACCUGGGGUGAGGAUACUCUAAUGGAGUAUUUGGAAAAUCCAAAGAAGUACAUCCCAGGAACAAAGAUGAUUUUUGCGGGUAUUAAGAAGAAGUCUGAGAGAGCAGACUUAAUAGCAUAUCUCAAAGAAGCCACUUCUAAGUAAAAGUUGUCUGCUGCCUUAUUUAUUUCACAAAGGAGAUGACAAUGGAAAUGUCUGUGAUGGUUUUUAAACUUUCUAUUUUUACAUAUACUGUGUCUAACCUUAAAAUCUGUCUCACUCACCAGAUAAUGUUGCUUGUGGUGGGUGGUUGGAUUGCAUGCUUAUUUGGCAGCCAUAACUUAUCGAAACAAUAUGUCAUUGGGUAGACUUCAAAGAAUACAGUGUUCAGUCAUUCUUGAUCAUGGAAUUAAACAGAGGAAAAAAAAAUCAACAUCUCUUGCCUUUUCAUUGUAAAAAGUAUCAAGCGAGUCAUUGUUAAUGACAUAAUAGCUUUGAUGGCCCAGUUCUUUGAGAUGAAAAAAGCAGGGUGGGUUUUAGCAUCCUUUAACAUACAUCAUUUGUUACAUUACCUGCAAGAUAAACAAGGUAGUAUUUUUCUAAUCCUGACCAGUGCAAUAUGUGGUUGUGUAUAUUCAUCUGGUUAAAGCUUGGGAUGAGAAUGCAAGUUCAUCUGAUUUUGUAAGUACUAUUUGUGAAAUAGCAGUUGUAUCAAACCACCCUUAUCUAGGGAAAGCUUGUUACCUGUUUAUCCAGGCUUUGACGGCCACAUGCACCAGUAAGAGGUUCAAAACUUUCAGGUUUUUGAAAUGUUAUUGAAACCCUUUGUUCAAUAACUCUUUGGAAAAUACCUGUUCAUACAAAAAAAAUCCUAUACCAUGCCGGAAGCUCAAUGCUGAAGAUCCAGAUGAGCAUUACUAAAUCCUGUUGCUUCUGCAGAAGUGUUAACCUAAAAUCUGUUGUUAUAGUAAAUUCUGCUGACAGGAUAUAGGAAUGAAUGCAGUGGUAAACUAAAACGAAACAGUCUGUGCCUAUCCUUAGCUAAUGUAAUUAUUUCCAGUGGUUCUGUUUCACGCAGUGUAAAAUGGUAUUUUUGAAUUUGUUUUGCACAGUGUAGAAGGGUAUUUUUAAAGUUUAACUGCAUCUUUUCAUACUAAAUGAAUUGUUAAGCUGAAUGUAUUUACUGUACCAACAACAAGGUACAAUUCAAGAGUAAUGAAUGCUGUAAAUUAAAGAAUGGAAAAUCUUA